UGGACCAGUUAUUUGUCACUGUGUCAUCUUUCUGAUCCUUCUAUUGCUUGGGCGAGGGCUUGAUGUGAUGAGGCGCACACUGUCCGAGCAGGACAAGCGCGUGAUGACAGUGUGUGUGCUUGUUCUGGCGACCCUUCUCAUCCUCGAGCAGAUCCUUUAUGGGAUUGACUUUCCGGUUGUUUUCUGCAAUCCACGAAACUCUUCUCUCCGUGAACGAUGGAAUGACCGAGAGAGACGAAGUCCAUGGUGCGUUUAUCUAUAUGUGAUCGUGAAACAGCUGCUCAGUCUGACGGCCGACAUGCUGGUCAUGACAACUGUCGUCAGCGCCAUAUCCCAGAAUAUCCGAACUCUAUCUUCGCAGAUCAGAAUCGCCCAAUCUGAGGGAAUUGACCUUACCAGCACCCCACUCUUCAUCAAGACUGUGAUGUACAGGUCUUUCCAGUUUGUUCUCUUCUCUUACAUCUGUGCAAAGAUUGUGCUGGAAAUGGGAUCUCCUCUCCUAGAUGGGCAGUAUCCGUGGAUUCGCAUUUUUGCUGCAGAGAUCAUUGAAUUUACAAUGUGCUUCUGCGUUGGAUUCAUUUUCCGCUUACGCUCCCCAAACAUUUAUAAUUCAUUUCUUAUCAAUGGGAGUCCAUCUGCCAGUCUUCUGUCUGCUGGACUACAAGGACGAUUCCUUCGGCCCACUGCUCACAGAGAUGCGGUCCACCCUAUGCCUGUGCAGUCAGUUCCUCUGUGUUCAGAGCUUGGCGGGCGACUUCCGCCAGGUUUGGUGCUGAUUGAGAAUCCACCAAGCCAAGAUGCGUCCGGGAAGCUUGUCCGAAGUAUUUCAGUAGCCACAAUUUCAUUGCCGCAGACCCCAAGUGCCGCUGAAGAACCUCGUUCACAUGACAUCCAGCCAUUGACACCCGAUGUCCUGGUACCAUUGACGAGGUCCAGAACGGGUACCCCGGUAAACCAAGGAACACCCCGACGCUUACAGUCCCCGCGUCUUCCUCAUAGUCUGCAAAGCCCAUCCGAUGUUGAUAGCAACAGAUCGUCAGUGACUAGUGCAUGCCAGCAUGGUGAAGAUGGACAAGGUGAGAGAGACCGGGAGGCACCAGCCGCCGACGCGAUCGCUGGUGGUGCUGCCAUCUUCGCGGCAGCGGUCACCGAAGCUGGUGCAACACCACAUCGACACGGUCCACUUCACGAGUUCAACUCCUUGGGCGAGGCAGCUAGCCCACAAGCUUCUGAGAAUAGCAACCAAACCCGAUCGGCAUCAGCCAUGCAUCCGGGCAGCAGGAGUCGGCGCGUAAGAGAGCAGGUCGGCCAACAUGAGCAGACGGAGCAGCAGACAAUUAGAAAUCGGCGUAAUGCAAGCAACCGGGAUUUUUCGGUAGGGGGAGCCCCCUGGGAUGGAAGGGGUGUUGACUUGAGCACUGCCCCCAACCCGGGAGCUCAGGACCCCUCAGCACUUAUGCCUCGCUCUCCUCUGAUUGGAGGUGAGAGCAUGGUGGAGACCGUAGACUCCACGAUCUGGGAAGACGAAGGGGAAUCCAGCAGCAGCAGUCAUCGCCGAUACCUUCUGGAAGGGCAUCGGCAACAGCUGCUUAGCCCUCCGAGUGUGCCAGGGUCAGUUAAGAACACCCCGCAAGGAAGGAAAAGAGACGGUCAGAUCUAAAAGUCAGGAAAAAGUAUGGCCUGGUCUAAAAGUUGGAACCUGCUGACUUCUAAUCUAUCGGAGAAGAUCCAGGAGCUGACUGGUGCUUCGCCAGACAGGUCUGUAAGUCUUGCCCAGUACUCGUCCAAUUUGUCAGAUCUCGAGGAGCCAGCCGAUCAGAUCUGGAAGAGAUCGUGGGUUCAAACUUCAAAAUUCAAGUACUGAUUGGAUCAGAUGAAUACAAAGAAUGUUAGGUGCUACCACCUUUGAAAAAAAAGGCAGGGCGGGAGGGGAGGGGAGGGGGCGGGAUAAAGAGCUAGCCAGUAC